AUGACAAGGAUGGGGCGGUGGCACGUGGUGCUGGCCGUGCUGGCGCUGCUCUCCGGCGCGGGCGCUGGCGCCGCCGCCGAACAGAUGCAGUCUCGCGCCGUGGAUACCGGCGUCGACCUUCGCGUGCCAGAGGCUCAACCUAUAGGAACGUUUGUUGGAAAGAUACCAAUCAAACCUGGUUUCACCUAUCGUUUUAAUGAGCCUCCGAAAGAGUUCAUUCUGGAUCCGGUAACCGGUGAGAUAAAAACUAAUGUGAUUCUUGAUCGUGAAAAAGUGGAUCGUUAUGCGUUUGUAGUUCUAUCGAGUCAGCCUACUUAUCCUAUUGAAGUUCGGCUUCGGGUUACGGAUGUCAAUGACAACUUUCCCGAGUUUCCUGAACCAGUAAUAGCUGUAGCAUUUUCAGAAAGUGCGGCUCCAGGAACAAAGUUGUUAUUAGAUGCAGCCACGGAUAUGGAUUUGGGAGAAAAUGGAAUAGCAAAUGAUUACAGGAUUAUAGAUGGUGACAAUGAAGGGAAAUUUCGUUUGAAUGUUACUGUAAAUCCGAGCGGACAAACAUCCUACCUACACUUGGAAACAACGGGCAAGUUAGAUAGAGAAACAAAUGAUUUUUAUAUCUUAAAUAUAUCAGCACGGGAUGGUGGAAGUCCACCAAAGUACGGGUACUUACAAGUAAAUGUUACUAUUUUAGAUGUAAAUGAUAACCCGCCAAUAUUUGAUCAGAGUGAUUUUUCUGUAUCUCUCAACGAAAGUGUACCACCUGGAACUACGGUUCUAAAAGUUACUGCGACAGAUAGUGAUUUGGGUGAUAAUAGUAAAAUUACCUAUGAAGUUACUGAUACGGAAAAACAGUUUGCAGUGGAUCCAGAAUCAGGUGUAAUAACAACUAUGAAAAAAUUAAGCUGUCCAAAGUAUUGCAGCAAUACGACGUGUAAUAUGACCUGUGUUUUGACUGUUAUAGCUAAGGAUCACGGGGUACCGCGACAAGAUGCACGAACGUAUGUAACUGUAAAUCUUAUUGAUGCAAAUGACCAUGACCCAGUUAUUACCUUUACUUAUGUACCACCGACAGCAAACUUUGCUACAGUCGAUGAAAAUGCCAAAAAUGGAUCACUUGUUGCUGCAAUAACUGUAACUGAUUUAGAUGCAGGAUUAAAUGGUAUUACGAGUGUUAAAAUUGUAUCCGGAAAUGAACUGAAUCAUUUCCGUCUAGAAAACUCGAGUAGUGUUUAUAUCGUUCAUGUAAAUGGAAUUUUAGACAGGGAAGAAAUAAGUAAAUACAAUUUGAGUGUGGUUGCUACUGAUCAGGGUGUACCUUCACGCACUACCACUGCAUUCCUUGUAAUUCACGUUAACGAUGUAAACGACCAUGAACCUGUAUUUGAAAAGUCUGAGUAUUCAACAGUGUUAAGUGAACUAGCGCCAUCUGGUACAUAUGUGGCUGGUAUUACAGCGUCUGAUGAAGAUUCAGGUGUUAAUGCUGAAAUUUUUUACGAUUUUAAUGAUGGAAAUCAACAACAAUGGUUUUCCAUUGAUCAUCUCACGGGUUUAGUAACAACAAGGUCAGUUUUAGAUAGAGAAAUUCAAGGUACUGUGGAAUUAAAUGUGUCAGCUAGGGAUGGUGGACCUAAUCCCAAAUGGGCUUAUACAAGACUUAAAAUAACAAUAUUAGAUGAGAAUGAUGAAGCGCCUACUUUUCCACAAUCUCAGAUCAAUGCAUCUCUUCCUGAAAACGUGAAACCUAUUAAAGAAAUUCUUAUACUAACUGCAUCCGAUUAUGAUCAGGGAACAAAUGGAUCUGUGUCUUAUUAUUUAUCGUCUAAUAUUGAAAGGAAAUAUCCUAAUACUUUUAUUUUAGAUGCUAUAACUGGGCAAUUAAGUGCGGCUAUAGAAUUGGACAGAGAAAGAAUUCCCUUAUGUGAAAUUCAAGUUGUUGCUAAGGAUCAAGGAUAUCCUCCUCAGUCAUCAACAGCUACAGUAUUUCUUAAAGUUCUUGACGUUAAUGACAAUGACCCAGUCUUUUAUCCAAAAAGAUAUUUUGAAAGUAUAAGAGAAGACAUGAAUCCUGGAUCAACGAUCCUUCAAGUAAAAGCUAUGGACUUAGAUGAAGGAGAAAAUGCUAAAAUUAUGUAUAAAAUUGAAAGUGGAGGGGAUGGUUAUUUUGAUAUUGAUCCAAAUAAUGGUUUUCUGUAUGUGAGAAGUUCACUUGAUAGAGAAGAGAGAGAUUACUAUUCCUUGACAAUAAUAGCAUCUGAUCAUGGCAAGCCUCCAAGAUCAUCACAAGUUCCAGUUGUAAUACACGUUUUAGACGAAAAUGACAACAGUCCACAGUUUACCAAUACAACUUUCAUAUUUAAAAUUAAAGAAAAUGAACCAGCCGAUACUUUUGUGGGAAAAUUAACAGCAACAGAUAAAGACAUAGGACGAAAUGCUGAACUGACUUUCAGUUUACCUAUUGUUCAAAAUGAUUUUAGAAUCGAUUCAAGAAAUGGGUUCAUUAGAACUCUGAAAACUUUUGACAGAGAAAGUUUAUCACAAAACACUGGACAAAAUUACAUUACAUUGACUGUUACAGUAAGUGACAACGGAAAAAUAAAGUUGUCUGACUCAGUUAGAGUUACCAUAUAUAUUACCGACGUAAAUGACAAUGCUCCAAUUUUUACUAGGACACCAUAUUCAGUAGAAGUUUCAGAAGGAGCUGCUGUAGGUGCUUCCAUAAUGAGAGUAUAUUCUUUAGAUGCUGAUGAAGGUCUUAACGGAGAUAUUUACUAUAAGCUUAUUGGAGGCGACGAGCUUGGAAAAUUUAUGCUUGAUGAAGCGACUGGUCAACUAUCUAUUAAUAAGCCUCUAGAUCGAGAAACAGUAGAUCGUUAUACACUCACCAUAAUGGCCCAUGAUUCAGGACUAGCAAUACGUCUUUCUUCUACAACAACAAUAACGGUCAACGUAUUGGACGAGAACGACAAUGCACCCAUUUUCACUCAAACUCAAAUGAAAGUUGCAGUUUUAGAAACAGAACCAGUGAAUAAAAAAAUUAUUCAGUUCCAUGCCAAUGAUGCAGAUUUGGGUAUAAAUAAUGAGCUACAAUUUGCUAUUACAUCAGGCAAUAGAAAAGAAACAUUUUUCAUAGACAGCUAUUCUGGAGAAUUGUUUCUUCAUAAGCAUUUAGAUUACGAAGAUUUAACUUCCUAUGUUUUGAAUAUAACAGCAACGGAUAACGGAAGCCCGAGUCUUUCUUCAAGUAUUUCAUUUACAGUUAACGUAAUCGAUGCGAAUGAUAACGCACCCAUUUUUACUAACACUGCUAUUGUCCGACAAAUAAGAGAAGGUAUUCCAACGCAUACUCCAAUAGUUACAGUUACAGCGGAAGAUCCAGAUUCAGGUUUGAAUGGAAAGGUUUAUUACUCAAUCACGCAUCAAGAUCCCAAUGAUGGCAGACGAAAUUUUGCAAUAAAUAAUGUCACAGGCGUCAUUCACACUUUACUGCCUAUUGAUAGAGAAAGCACUGACACAUUUAGGAUAACUGUAGUUGCAUAUGACAGAGCCGAACCUGCAUCUUUGAGACUUUCCGCAGAGAAACUGGUAACAGUCAUUGUUGAAGAUAUUAAUGAUAACGCACCAGUUUUCGUCUCCAUGAACGCCGCUGUCAUAAAUUCUGAAAGAUUAGGACGAAGUUUAAAUCGUGGAAUUUUCAUAAUGAAUGUUUUGGCUCGUGAUAUGGAUUCUGGGACAAACGGACUUGUUACAUAUAAGCUAAUUCAUGGUGGUAAUGAUAUUUUUGAUUUGCAUAGAAGCAAUGGUGCAUUGACAUUGCGCUAUCCUCCCGCUAUGCCCGACGCUAGAUGGAAUCUUGUUAUUAAAGCUACAGAUGAAGCAGUGUUGAGUGAACAAAGAAGCACGGAAACAUAUUUGACUGUUAUAAUGGGUGGGACAGAGUUAGAGGGUAUUACGUGGACAAACGUCGGGUCUAUUUCGGUGGCUGAGAAUGAACCAGCUGGAACUCCUGUGUUAAAUAUGACUAAUAACUAUAAAGGUGGCUUGGAAUAUUAUAUAGUAAAUGUGACUGGUGAUAACAAGCAAGUGGACAGGUUGUUUGAUAUAGAUUCCUCUCUAGGUAUCUUAUCCACAGCUGUAACUCUAGACAGAGAAGCAGGUGUUGAUCGAUAUGAAGUAGAAGUCUGUGCCGUUUCUUCGGGGACUCCACUGCAAUCUACUACUACAAAGGUUGAAGUCGUGAUUUUGGACAAGAACGACAGCCCGCCUGAGUUCAAGAAUAUUCCACCAGCUUAUUUCGCAUCAGAAGAUUUGGCUCCAGGGCAACUCAUCGCCACGAUUACUGCUGAGGAUCCGGACACUAUAGGGACGAUAACUUACAGCAUAGAGACAGAAGAACCUACGCCUUUUGUGUUGAACGGACAAAGCGGUCAGUUGACAUUGAAAGAGCCACUUGACCGGGAAACGAUAUCGGAAUACCAGGUCGUAAUACGUGCGAACGAUGGAAGGCAAUUUACAGAUGUUACAAUUGUUAUUCAGGUUACCGAUACGAACGACAACCCACCAAUCUUCAAGGAAAGUGCCUACUCCUUUGACAUACCAGAGAACGCGGCAAGGGGUUCCGUAGUAGGAACCGUGGCGGCCAUCGAUCUCGACUCCGGCCCCAAUGCCCAGCUCACCUACACCGUCAUAUCGGAUUGGGCUAACGAUGUCUUCUCACUCAACCCGCAAACUGGCAUCUUCACAUUGACCGCAAGACUCGACUAUGAGGAGACGCAGCACUACAUAUUGGUUGCCCAAGCGCAAGACGGCGGGCACCCAUCCUUGUCGGGAACUGUCACCGUGUACAUCAACGUCAUUGAUCUCAACGACAACGCACCAAUUUUCGACCCUAUGAGUUUCUCUAACGAAAUUUUAGAAGACGUUCCUAUUGGAUCUUCAGUUGUCACUGUUAGCGCCACUGACAUGGAUGCAGGAUUAAACGGCAAAUUAACAUAUAGCAUUACAUCUGGAGAUGAUAACAAAGAUUUCAAAAUGACUGCUAAUGGAACAAUACUGACUGCAAAAAUGUUGGACAGAGAAACACUCCCACUUUAUAACCUGAUCGUUACUGCUAGAGACUUGGCUAAACCACCAGAGCCACAGUUAUCAGCCACCGUGCAGGUCACAAUACAAUUAAAGGAUGUUAACGAUAUGGCUCCGGAGUUUGUUUCUACAAAUAUGACUUCAAUUUCUGAAAAUAUUCCUCUUAACACUGUGGUGAUGACAGUGAAAGCUAUUGAUAAAGAUGAAGGUCGAAAUGGAUAUGUCGAAUAUUUUAUGUCACCAAAUCCAGAAUCUGAUGGUUACUUUACUUUGGGAAAUGUUGAUGGAAUCUUACGAGCAACUGGAAAAUUAGAUAGAGAACAGAAAUCUAAUUUUACAAUAUCUGUUACUGCAAAAGAUAGGGGAGAUCCCCCCAAUAUGACAAAAACUAAAAUAAAUAUUAAGAUAUUAGAUGAAAAUGACAACAGUCCAGUUUUCGACCCAAAACAAUACAGCGCUUCUGUUCCUGAGAAUGCUAGCAUCGGUGCCAGCGUACUUCAAGUAUCUGCAACAGAUGUUGAUGAAGGUGCCAAUGGAAGAGUAAGAUAUUCGAUAGCUUCUGGAGAUGAAAAUAGAGAUUUUAGUAUCAGCGAAGAUACUGGCAUUGUGAGAGUAGCAAAAAAUCUUAAUUUUGAAAGAAAAUCUCGUUACAUAAUAUCUGUAAGAGCGGAAGAUUGUGCUAAAGAUGACGUCAGAUUUGAUACAGCUGAAUUAUCGAUUUCGAUUCAAGAUAUAAAUGACAAUCCACCGACUUUCUUGGACUCACCGUAUUUAGCAUACGUAAUGGAAAACGUAAUUCCGCCUAAUGGUGGAUACAUAUUAACCGUUCGCGCUUAUGACGCAGACUCUCCUCCAUUCAAUAACCAAGUUCGAUAUUUUAUCAAAGAAGGUGAUGCAGAUCUUUUUAAAAUCAAUGCUUCGUCCGGUCAAAUUUCAUUGUUAAGGACAUUAGAUCGAGAAGCUCAGGAUGAAUAUACGCUUUCGCUUGUCGCUAUGGAUACAGGUUCUCCACCGCUUACGGGAUCUGGGACGGUAAAAAUUAUAGUUCAGGAUGUUAAUGACAAUAGUCCAGACUUUCAACGACAAAGUUAUAAAACUAUUGUAAAAGAAAACCUACCACCAGAAACAUUCAUAUUGCACCCCAAAGCAAUUGACAAAGAUAUUGGUAACAAUGCGAAAAUAAAAUACAGCCUUCUUGGAGAUAAAGCAGAUAGAUUUCAAAUAGAUCCUGUCACGGGUAUAAUUUUAACUAAUGCCACUUUGGACAGAGAAGAAUGGAGUGUGUAUUAUUUAGUUAUUAUGGCUCAAGAUUCUUCAACUACGGAUCCACGCACUGUUACUGCCAAUCUAACGAUUAUAGUUGAAGAUGAAAAUGAUAAUACGCCGAUAUUUCCACAAACUGUAUAUGAAGUCUACAUUUCCGAGCGCACUAUUCCCGGCGAUUUCGUUUUUGGUGUUAAAGCAACAGAUAAUGAUGUUGGACCAAAUAAGAAAAUUUAUUAUGAUUUAAAAGGCGAACAUCAAAAUCUUUUUACAAUAAAUAGGGACACCGGAGUUAUAAAAGCAAAAGAAAAUUUAGUAAAAUACAAAGACAAGCAUAAUUCUAUAUUUAAUCUAAUAAUAUUAGCCACUGAUGGUGGAACACUACCGAGGCAAAGUUCCGCUGAAUUGAUUCUAAUCGCAAAAUCAGGAAAAAACUUUCCAAGAUUUACGGUGAACAAUAAACUUACUUUUACUUUUUCUGAAGAUACACCUGAAGGAGUUCUUGUAACUAGAUUAUCUGCAACGUCCCCGAAGAAUGGUCCAACAGGAUUAUUACAAUACUCAGUAGCAGGAGGUAAUAUUGGUGAUGCGUUAAGGGUGGAACCAAUGAGUGGUGAAAUUUUUAUAACCGGCAAAGGUCUUGAUUAUGAAACGAUGCCUCUUUACGAAGUUUGGUUUGAAGUUAAAGACUCAGAUAACCCACCUCUAAAGUCAUUUAUUGAAAUUGAAAUUAAAGUUACUGAUGCAAAUGACAAUGCACCUGUAAUCGAAAAUGCUUUGUAUAAUGCAACCGUACCAGAAGAAGAGUCACCACCUCAAAUGGUUAUAAAAAUUGAGGCUCACGAUGAUGAUUCUAAUGAAAAUGGAAGAAUUUCUUUUAGACUUACUAAUGAUUAUGAAGAAUCAUUUGUAAUUGAUUCCGAAAGUGGAGAAAUUUUCACCAAUAUUGCACUAGAUAGAGAGUCAAUUCCAUUUUAUGAGAUUUUAGUAGAAGCUGUUGAUCAUGGGAUACCUCAACUAAUAGGAACUUCAACCGUGCUUGUUUCAGUUUUAGACAAAAAUGAUAACCCUCCGAGGUUUACUCGCUUAUUCAGUGUUAAUGUCACUGAAAAUGCUGAAAUUGGAUCAUUUGUCAUAAAAUUAACUAGUUCAGACUUAGAUAUAGGUGCUAAUGCUAACGCCACAUACAGUUUUGUUGACAAUCCUGGUGAAAAAUUUGUGAUAGAUCCUUUAAGUGGGAACGUUACAGUCGCCCGAUCACUGGAUCGAGAAUUACAAGAUGAAUAUGUUUUAAAAGUGGCAGCAAUUGAUGGAGCCUGGCGAUCAGAAACUCCAUUGACAAUAACUAUACAAGAUCAAAACGACAACGCUCCUGAAUUUGAAUAUUCCUAUUAUAGUUUUAAUUUUCCUGAAUUACAAAACAAAAAUAGUUUUGUAGGUCAAGUAAUUGCCACUGAUAAAGAUAAGCAAGGUCCAAAUUCCUUAAUUUCGUACUCUCUACAACAAACAUCAGAUCUCUUCACUAUUGAUCCUGCUACUGGAGAAAUAUUAAGCAAGUUUAUGAUGAAUUAUAAGAGAACGUCAGUAAAUACAUCACCUGAAAAUACAUACUCAGUUAUUGUGGUAGCUACCGACAAUGGUAAACCACCAAUGUCAUCUGAAUGUUUAGUUACCAUAAAUGUUGUAGAUGCUAAUAACAACAAACCAAAGUUUAAGGAUCAUGAAAAAUUAGUACCAGUACCACAAGAUGCUAUACUCGGAGAAAAAAUUGUAAAACUCAUAGCUGAGGAUGCUUUUGAUUUUGGUAUUAAUGCUGAGAUAGAAUACAUGGUUUCAGGAGGUAAUGGGACUACAUACUUUACGAUUGAUAAAGUAACUGGUUGGAUUAUAGUAAGCAAGCAAUUUUAUUAUACGGGACAGUACUAUGAAUUGAAAGUAAAAGCAGUUGAUCGUGGUGUUCCACCACAAAUGGAUGAUACAAGCAUUACAUUUGUGGUAACAGGAGAAAAUAUUUAUAGUCCUAAAUUUACAGCCCUGAGUUAUCAAGUUAUAGUACCUGAAAAUGAACCAGUAGGAUCAUCAAUACUUUCUUUGAAUGCAAAUGAUGAAGACGAAGGGCCUAAUGGUAUUGUAAGAUAUACUAUAAGUUCUGGCAACGAAGAUAGAGAAUUUCAAGUAGAUUCUAUAUCUGGUACAAUAAGUAUAUCACGUCCACUUGAUUUCGAUGAAAUUCAAGAAUACCGAUUAAAUAUUACAGCAAAAGAUCUAGGUUUUAAACCUAAAGAAGCUACUGCUACUGUGACUAUUAUUUUAACAGACAUAAAUGAUAAUGCUCCGCAAUUUAAUCAGUCAAAAUAUUAUGCAUACUUACCUGAAAACUCACCUGUUAAUAGUUUUAUAUUUAAAGUUCAAGCUAUUGAUAUUGACUCACCAAAGAAUGCAAUCAUUAAGUAUCAUAUAAAAAAUGAAAUGUUGUCACUAUUUUACAUAGACCAAAAUACGGGAAAAAUUUUCUCAAGAGAAAUAUUUGAUUACGAAGAGAAGACAAUUUAUCGCUUAGAAAUUUUGGCUGAAAAUCCUGAUUCAGUCAUGAGAAGUACCACUGAAGUGGUUGUCCAUAUCACGGGAGUUAAUGAAUAUUAUCCAAAGUUUGUUCAACCUGUUUUUCAUUUUGAUGUUUCUGAGUCUGCUGAAGUUGGGGCUCAUGUUGGCGUUUUACAGGCUACUGAUCAAGAUAGUGGUGACGAUGGAAUCAUAUACUACUUUUUUGUUGGAUCCAGUAAUGAUAAGGGUUUCGGGAUAAAUUCACAAACCGGAGUUAUAAGAGUUGCUAGAUAUUUGGAUAGAGAGACUCAAAAUAGAGUUGUUUUGACAGUAUUAGCAAAAAAUUCAGGUGGCAUACAUGGAAAUGAUACUGAUGAAGCCCAAGUAAUUAUAUCAAUCCAAGACGGAAAUGAUCCACCAGAAUUUUUAAGACACUACUAUGAAGCAACAAUAUCAGAAGGAGCGAAUAUUGGCCAAGAAGUUAUUCAAGUAAAAGCCGUGGAUAAAGAUGUACGGCCACAAAAUAAUCAGUUUAGUUUUUCAAUUAUAGAUGGUAAUACAAAUCAAGAUUUCAAAAUUGAUCCUCAAAAUGGUGAAAUUGAAGUAGCUCGAAGUCUAGACCGAGAAACUAUAUCAACAUAUUCAUUGAUAAUAGGUGCUAUUGACACAGGAACACCUCCACAAACGGGCACAACAACAGUUAAAAUAACAUUAACAGAUAUAAACGACAAUGGUCCAGUAUUUGAUGUUAACAAUUUUGAUGGCUCUGUUUAUGAAAAUGAACCACCUAAUACAAGCAUUACUACACUGUCUGCUAAAGAUCCAGAUUUACCACCUAAUGGAGCUCCAUUUUCAUAUACUAUUAUUGGUGGUAAGCAUCAAAGCUUUGUAAAGGUUCAGAAACAUACAGGUGUUUUAUUAACUACAAAAAAGAUUGACAGAGAAGUCACGCCAUACUUAGCUAUUAUGAUUCAAAUUGAAGAUAGUGGUACACCGGUUAUGCAUUCCAACUAUACAAUUCAAAUUAGGGUAUUAGAUCGCAAUGACAAUCCACCAAGCCCAAGGUCAGCUCAUGUCCUAGUGCACGCAUUCAAUGAUAAAAUACCUCUUGGAAAAAUAGCUGAUGUUAAACCUAACGAUCCAGAUAUAGUAGGGGACUAUAAAUGCAAAAUAGUAAAAGAGUCAUCAUCAGAGAACUCAUUGUCAUUAUUUACUAUUAAAAAAGGAUGUGACCUUUAUACAAAUGAUGUGAGGCCAGGUCAAGGUUAUUCAUUUUCAGUAUCAGGGAAUGAUGGAAUUCAUAAAGAUGUUAUAUCAUCUAUAAGUGUCGAAUAUUUUUCUUUUAAUAAUAGUACUGUGGAACAUUCCUUAACAAUUAGAAUUAUGAAUAUGACUGCAUCAGACUUUUUGACGCAUUAUUAUAGAAUUUUACUGGAAAUAAUGAAAACUGGAUUGAAAAAUAAGGAAAUCAUAUAUUUAUAUAGCAUAAACGAAGAAAAAGAAAAUAUUGAUUUAACUUUAGCAAUUAAAGAACACAACUCACUUUGGAAAAAAGAUAGUAGCGAGAAGCAUUUGAAGACAAAGGAAUCGGAACUACGAAAAGUUUUGAAGAGACAAAUUAUUAUUCCAUAUUAUCCCUGUUCGACACAUAGAUGUCAGAAUGAAGGUAUAUGCACUGAUGCUAUAAAUGUAAUGGAUGUAACAAAAAUCACUGAAAGCUCCACGCUGAUACUUACUUCGCCUUUGGUCCGCCAUGAUUACGUUUGUCAUUGCACCGAUAGAUUUAUGGGGAAUAAUUGUGAAAAGCGACAAGAUCCUUGUUCACCCAAUCCUUGCCAAUUUGGAGGACAAUGUCGUAAACAAGGGCAUGAUUUCAUCUGCACUUGUCUACUGAGACGAGAAGGUAAAACAUGCGAAUUGGAGAGAGAUGAUGUUUGUAGCAGCAAUCCAUGUAAAAAUGGUGGAUCUUGUAAAGAGAGUACUGACAGAAACUCUUUCUUCUGCUUGUGUCGUCCUGGUUACCGAGGGAAUCAAUGUGAAGCUCUAGUAGAUUCUUGCAGACCAAACCCAUGUAUGCAUGGAGGAAUUUGCAUUAGUCUUAAACCUGGAUAUAAAUGCAGCUGCACGAACGGCCGUUACGGUACUCAUUGUGAAAGUUCAACGUUCGGUUUUAAUGAAUUAUCUUACAUACAGUUUCCUGCUCUGGAUGCAUCAACAAAUGAUAUCACUAUCAUAUUUGCAACCACGAAAUCUGAUGCCUUAUUGUUAUAUAACUAUGGUGCUCAGACUGGCGGCCGAUCUGAUUUUAUUGCGAUAGAAUUAUUAGGAGGCAAACCAAUUUUCUCCUUUGGAGGUGCAAGGACUUCUAUAACAUCUGUUGCGUUAUUGAACACUGACAAAAAUCUAGCUGAUGGAAAAUGGUACAAGCUAACAGCUACAAGAAAUGGCCGAGUGAUAUCACUAAGUAUUGCAACGUGUACCGAUCAUGGUGAUAUUUGUACAGAAUGUGAACCUGGCGAUCAUUCAUGUUACGAUGAUGACACUGGUCAAGCGGGAACAUUGAACUUCAAUAACGAACCUCUUCUAAUUGGUGGAUUACAUAAAGCAGAUCCCGUAUUAGAGCGUCCAGGACAAAUUCAUUCCGAUGACUUCGUUGGCUGUAUGCAUAGUAUUACCAUAAAUGGUCGUGUACUAAAUUUAACGAACCCGUUAAAAGCACGUGGAGUCGAAGCUAACUGUAAACGGAAAGAAAAAGGAGCCUGUUAUAAAGAAGAUAUUUGCGGAGUGGGAGAGUGCUUUGAUAUGUGGAAAACACAUUAUUGUAAAUGCAGUAAUAAUUUUAUUUCACCUGACUGCUCGAAUUCUCUUCAAAGUAUAUCAAUUGGUGAAAAUGGUUUUGUUACAUACAUUAUAUCAGAGAAACACAGGAGGAUGCAAUUGCUUGAAACAUUUUACAGUGGUAAUAGUAUGUGGGAGAAGAAAAUUGGUAAAAGCACUGGCAAAAACAGUAUAAAAGUAAAUAAUCCUGCGAAACAUUUAUCAUUUUUCUUUAGAACGCACAAAAAAGAUGGAGUCCUUUUUUAUGCAGCUACUGAAAAAUAUUACACCCUUAUAGAAUUAUUAGGGGGUAGAGUCUGUUAUACUUCAAAACAAAACACUAUCGUAAACAUGAGCCAAACUGAACAACUCGAUGUUGCGGAUGGAAAUUGGCACAAUAUUACCUUAUUAUCUCAUGGAAGAAGUAUAAGAGUAAUUGUAGAUAAUAGAAAUAUUGGUGAGGAACUGGAUGCUGCAGGAGUUCAUGAUUUUUUGGAUCCCUAUUUAACUACUAUAUCGCUGGGAGGAACUUGUAAUAGUAUUUUUUAUAAUAAUUGUGUGACACCACCUUUAAAAUGUCCUAACGAAAAUAUCACUUUUUGGCUUUACACUCGGACCAACCAAGAAAAACCAGUUGAAUUAAAAAUAUAUGAACCUGAUUCUAUAACUUCAGCCCCGUGGGUCAAACACGCUCCAAUAAAAAUAUUAAUUCACGGUUAUACAGGGGACAAGGGCUAUUCACCGAACACAGAAAUAAGGCCAGCAUACAUGGAAUGUUGCGAUUACAAUAUAAUUAGUGUCGACUAUAAUCCUAUAGUAUUAGAACCUUGCUAUUUACAAGCAGCCCAGAACACUGAAUUGGCCGGGAUGUGUACAGCGCAGUUGAUUGACAACUUAGUGCAGAAAUAUGGAUUCCCACUCCCAGACAUUCACGUGAUUGGAUUUAGCCUUGGCGGACAAGUGGCUGGCUAUAUAAGUAACCAUUUGAAGUCGGGAAAACUUAGCAGGAUAUCGGCGCUAGAUCCAGCUCUACCUUUGUUCGUAACAAAUAAUAAAAAGAAUAAAAUCGAUUCCGAUGAUGCAUACUUCGUCGAUGUCCUUCACACAAACGCGUUGCAGAAAGGGAAGCUAGAGGAAUGUGGGCAUGUGGACUUCUUUGCAAAUGGGGGUCUGAUUCAACCUGGAUGUGUUGAAACUGAAAAUAAGACUAAGUCGUCUUGUGACCAUGAUAGAGCUCCACAAUAUUUUGCUGAGUCGAUCACAACCACGAAAGGCUUUUACGCGACCAAGUGCUACUCUUGGAUCGCAUACAUGUUGGGCUGGUGUGAAACUAUAGUCACAGAUGAAGAAAUUAUAGUCGGCGAAUACGUUCCAAGAAACGCAUCAGGGUCCUAUUUCUUUAAAACCAACUCCAAAUCUCCAUAUGCACUUGGCCCUACGAAGAAGAACUAGGGAAUGACAAUAAUUGAAGUCCUUUUUUAAUGACGCCAAGAAAAUGAGAAAAAAAAUCCGAUUAAUUUUAUUAAUUUCAUUUAGUAACAAUUAAACGGAAUGUUCGUAUUUCUUUUAGAGGUUUUUAGAAGCAUACUUUACAGGCAAUAUCACCUUAAGCGAUGUUUUUUUUUACUAAUAACAUUAUAAUUCCUACUGCUGACAAAGUAACCAAACAGGACCAAAAAAAACAUGGAUUUCGUUACAGUAUGAAUAAUUACAUACAACAUUAUUUCCGCAAUUCAUUUAACGUUGACCUUCGCAGAAAAAAAACUUUGUCAAAUAUA